UCACCCAAAAAUGAUUAGGUAAUUUAUAGGCUUUGAAUGCAUACUCUAUUCAGCUGACUAGAUUGCGAAUAUUUUAAAGCAUUUUCGCUGAUUUAUGCCGUGGGACGCCCAGGGUUUACCUCAUACUUAAGCUACAUCUCGUGUUAUCCUUCCUCCUUCCUUCAGGACACUGGGCAUCGCAGCGGCAUCCGGAUAAAUACAGUUAUUUUUAAUAAUAUAUGGUUUUAUUAUGUCAGUCAAACUGCCCACCGCUGGACACUGACAACAAGCUUCACUGACUGCAUCAUGGUUAACCUCUGCUGCCUUUGCUGCGGUGAAAUCCCUCAACCCCGCCCCCCUCCGUCCGGCCAGUCGGGACCACCGCGGGAUCCCCGCUCCGUGCAGCAGCAGCAGCCUGCUGGCUCCGGCCCAGACGCUGUGGGGCUGAAGGGGGAACAAAAAGGGGGAGCAAACGGAGUGAGCAGAGCCAGUGAAUAGAAAAAACAGUGAUCUUAUAAUCUCUCUCUGACAUGCGAAAAGUGCAGCAUGCCCUCCUCCGAUCUGGACUCUGCGGAGGACACGGCGGCCACUGCUCCCAAUGAUGCUGAGGGAGAGGUGCAGGAGGAGGACGAGGAGGACUCGCCGGCUGAGAGUAAUGUCCUGGAGGAGGAGCAGCGGCCAGUGAAGCAGUCCCUGGGUGCUUGUGUCUGCCGGGAGUCCCACUGGCGCUGCCUGCUGCUCUCUCUGCUCAUGUACAGCUGCCUGGGCGCGGUGGCCUGGUGCCGGCUGACCCGGGUCACCAAGAUCAGCUUCAACACGGCUCUCACCAACUCCUUCACGGCCUCCUUCACCUCCUCCCUGCGGGGGUCCACGGGGAUGGGCGCCGGGGGACACUCAAUGAUCUACCACGACAGCCCCUGCUCUGACGGCUACAUCUACAUCCCUCUGGCCUUUCUGCUCAUGCUAUACGUCCUGUACAUGGUGGAGUGCUGGCACUGCAGAGCCAGGAGCGAGCUGCAGUGCAAAGCGGACGUUGACAGCGUGUAUGAGCGCGUGCUGCGGAUGCAACAGGCCCAGCCUUGCAUAUGGUGGAAGGCCAUCAGCUACCAUUUUGUCAGACGGACACGGCAAGUCACUCGGUACCGCAACGGGGACGCCUACACCACCACACAGGUGUACCAUGAGAGGGUGAACACCCACGUGGCUGAGGGGGAGUUUGACUACAGCCACUGUGGGAUGAAAGACGUGUCACGUGACCUCAGAGGUUUGGAGGGACAUCCGGCAACUCGCCUACGCUUUACCAAAUGUUUCAGCUUCACCGAGGCCGGCCCAGAAAAUGAUUACCUCAACCAGAGAGCCAGGUUCUUCUCUGAGAUUGAGGGUUUGGACGAUUACAUGGAGGCCAGGGAGGGGAUGCAGCUGAAGAACGUUGACUUCAGAGAAAACCUGAUAGCCUACAUAGACCCAGAUAGGAUGCCUUGGUACACCUCCCAGGUCGCCUUCUGGCUGGCAGCUCUCCUGAUGUUGUCCUGGCCUCUGAGAGUGCUGAUAGAGUACCGCACUGCUUAUGUGCACUACCGCAUAGAGAAACUGUUUGGGUUGGAGUACAGCCACAGCAGCCCCUCUCCUCAAGAUGAAGACAGACCUUUGGGGAGCAACACUGGUUGUGUUAUCCCAAGAGUAGACACGCUGGACAGCACUGAAAUGGAGUGGCACAUACGCUGCAACCGCCAGUUGAUUCCCAGCUACUCCGAGGCCAUGCUGAUCAACAUGAGCACCGCAGACUCUACCUCACUCCAAGACACUGAAUACACCUCGUCCUCAAACUGCUUCCUCCUGGACAGCAGCCAGACCGCUCAGAGCUACGGCGCCCUCCAAAGCCAGGACGGCGGCGAGCAACGCAGCGAGCCCCACGGACGAGCUGACGGAGGAGGCAGGAGGAGGACCAUCACCAGCUCCAGCUGCUCCUCCAUCUUCUCCUGCCGCGGAGCGCUGUUCCACUCCCACCUCUCCUCAGACACGUCCCGCUUCUCGCUGUGCCGCAUGUACGGCUCCCACCGCACCGUGGCCCUGUGGAGGAGCCGCAGCAGCAACCUGACAGACCCCUGCUGCGUGGACGAGCAGUGCUGCCGCUCCGACUCCAGCCAGCUGGCGCUCAGUGACAGUCCACCCACCUACAGAGACGCCCGGUUCUUCCCAGUCCUCAUCGUGCACCGGUCUGAGGGCCGCGGCGGCGAGGACGGGAGGGAAGUGAGGCGGUAUUAUAUACGGAGAGGCUCGUCGUGCGUGGAGACGGCCCUGUGAAGGACACCUAUUGAUGAGCCAAGAUGGAUUCAAAUCAGUGAUGAUAUUGUAGGGUUGAUCACUAUUUGCUCCAUAGAAAGAAAGACAUUAAUGAAGAUAUAUGGAGAAAAUGUGCUCUUUUCAGGAAAUUCCA